AAAUUCUAAUUCAUAUUUCGUAGCAUCACAAAUAUACAAGCUCAAUAGUUUUCAGGAAACUACGUUCAGAGUUUAAACGCUGUUGGACCUUGGAGGAAGUACCCGCUAAGACAUAAGUCUGAUUAUUGGCCUAAAAUAAGUGUUGGCGUGGUGGAUUAUUUGAAUUUCCUUAUUAGGAUCUUCUAUUACUCUCAUAGUAGUACCACUGCUAGAAAAUGUUUUCUUAAAGAAAAAGAUAAUCAAAUCCAUGUGCCUGCAUUACUCAAAGGAAGACGAUUUCCCACUGCUGAUGAACUAUGUUGUCUCCUUGCCAUUUGGAACAAGUUCAGUACAGAAGACAAUCAAACUAUUUUGCAGUCAGGUUUCAGCGUUGACGAGCGUACCAUUGUCUGAAUUACUCCACGUCUGCAAAAACAUAAUAUGAAAAAGAGAAGCACAACCACAACCACCUGACGAAACAAAACUGAAAUUUGAAGUACAGGUACUAGCAAAUACUUCUACUUCUCCUGUCCAAAUCAUCGUAUUACGCACUAUCACACACACACACACACACACACGAUCUACAGUACGCGGUAGAGAUCAAGAAAUGAGACGGCGUCAAAAUGGGAACAAAAGAUAGGAAUAAGAUAAGAAAAUGAUGUGUUGUUCAGUUCUUCGGUGAAGCUCUGAAGGAUGUUCUUGGAUUGCUCUCCUGGUCUGUCAUGGGUGUUUCUGACGAAUUUGAUGAUCGCUGUUCCUGAGACAAUCAAACAAAUUGCAGCCGAUGGAAAAGAUGGCCUUAAUAAGCUGUUAAUUCGUUGGCGUUGACAGCUUUGGUCACAUCAAAAUACCAUUUCAUCCCUUCCAGACUCUACAUGUUUACUGAUGAAUCCACAUCACAAAAAUACACAAACGCUACCUCCAAACCAAAUACAUGAAGCCUAACAAGUUUCUACCUCCAUUUGUCGAAGGUGUCGUUCUUUCUCUGUGUAUAUUUAGUUUAGACUAGGUAUGCAAUGACUCAAAAAUUGCCAUAGAUUUACUCCUGCAGAGAUGAACUGUAAAGAGAGUACAGCACAUAAUUAUCAGUUCAGAAAAAAAAGAAGAGUGAAUAAUCAAAUCAAGUUUUUUUUUCCUCUGAAAGCAAUGUCAGAUUUAUACCUCAAAGACACGAGCAGAUUGUCAGAUUUAAUAUAUAACGUCAUUAACUUUCUUGACAAACAUUUGGUCAUUUGUCUUAUUCAAAAUUUCCAUGCAAAUAUAAAAGUAUUUAAGUCACGCUUAAAUAAUAUUUGAUGAUAAAUCAAUUCACCACAAAAUAAAUAAUAAUUAAAUAUUUUUUUAAUAAAUUUCAGAAUACUACAACUUUAGUGAUAAAACUAUCGGUUUGCUAUAACAUUAACGAUAUUUUUUAGUUUGCUACAACAACAGUGUGUGAAAUUAUCACAAAACUGAAACUUUUACGUUAUUUGCUACAGUUGUCACCUAUAUAUACUGUAGUAGCAUAUAAUGUAAACAUUGUAGUAUUGUGAUAAGUUCUUACGUUAUUAUUGUAGCAAAUCGAUAGUUUUGUAACUAAAAUUGUAGUUUUCUGAAAUUUAAUCUAUUUUUUAAAAUAAGACGAAUGAUCAAAUGUAUAAAAAAAAUUAGCAACGUCACAUAUUAAAACCUGAAAGAAGUACUAGGAAUCCAUCAUAAAAAAAUCUUCACAAAGUCGAGAGGCUCAGAGCUCGCCCGGACACGGUCGGGCUGGCUAUCUCGCGCGAAACGAUCCAACGAAACAGCGCGCAGUGUCGAAUCCGAGGGCCGCCUCCCGCCGGUGCCGUCCAAAGCCGCGCGCAUCAGAAGCUACACCCUUUUUUAUCGAACACCACGCCCACCAGGUGCUCGCCACCGUGCGUGCAUGGACGACUUCUCCUUCUCCCACUCCGGCCCGCAAGGCGGCGGCCGCCACCGCCGGCGAGGUAGCCCCUACUCUGUCCCGGACAGCUCCACCUCCUUCGCCGCCGGGCUCCCCCCCUCCCCGCGCGGCGGCCCGCGGCGCCGGGAUGUGGUCGUCGACGACAUGUCGUGGCAGAGCUCAGUGUCCUGGCAGCCGGACACGUCGUGGGCGCAGCCCCACGGCCUCGGCGCCGCCGUCGGGCCCUGGGCGCCCGCCAGGAUGGGGAGCGCCGGCCGCCGUGGCCCCGCGCUGUUCCGGCGGACGGCGAGGGAGUACUACGUGUCGAGGCGGUCCGCCCGCCCGCGCUACCGCGACGUCUCCUCGUCGGCGCACAGGCCCGUCGCCGCCGCCGCCGGCGGCGGUGGCGGCAGGCGGCUGGAGCUGCAGAGCGUGGUGACCGACGCGAGCCGCGCCAUCGUCGUGGUGCCGAACACCUCCUUCGCCAGCAACGACGACAGCGUCGUCGUCGCCGACUCCGCCGUCUACUCCGCGCCCGGCCAUGACGCCGGCCGAGGAGGACGAGCCAUGGUGAGGUACAGCGACACCAACGCCGCCGCCGCCGCCUCCCGCGAGGUCUCCUUCUCGCGCGACAACCACGACCAGCUCUACGUCUCCGCGGCGCGGCGUGACCCGCCCAGCUUCGGCUACGACAUCAGCGUCGCGUCCUUCAGCGGCCAGAGCCGGUACGAGGACGCCGUCGGCGACUACGACGACGACGACGACGAGAUCGACGUGAGGGUCGGGAAGCCCGUCGGCGUCGCGGGGCUUUUCAAGUACUCGACGGCCAUGGACAUCGUCCUCCUCGUGCUCGGGUGCGUCGGCGCCAUGAUCAACGGCGGCUCGCUGCCAUGGUACUCCUACCUGUUCGGUAACUUCGUCAACAAGAUCGUCAACGUCGACAAGACGCAGAUGAUGAAGGACGUCAAGCAGAUUAGUGUGUACAUGGCGUUCCUUGCUGCAGUUGUCGUCGUAGGAGCCUAUCUUGAGAUCACCUGCUGGAGGAUCAUCGGCGAGAGGUCGGCGCUGCGGAUGCGGCGAGAGUACCUGAAGGCGGUGCUGAGGCAGGAGAUCGGAUUCUUCGACACGGAGGUGAGCACCGGCGAGGUGAUGCACAGCAUCUCCGGCGAUGUCGCCCAAAUCCAAGAAGUCAUGGGAGAGAAGAUUCCAGGAUUCGUGCACCACGUCUUCACCUUCGUCUUCGGCUACGUGGUCGGCUUCGCCAAAUCGUGGAGGAUCGCUCUCGCCGUCUUCGCCGUCACGCCUGCCAUGAUGGCGUGCGGCAUGGCCUACAAGGCCAUCUAUGGCGGCCUCACCGCCAAGGAAGAGGCAUCGUACCAGCGUGCCGGCGACGUGGCGCAGCAGGCGAUCAGCUCGAUCAGGACGGUGAUGUCGUUCGUCAUGGAGGAGCGGCUCGCCGGCGAGUACGCCGAGUGGCUGGACAAGGCGGCGCCGAUCGGCGUCAAGAUGGGGUUCGCCAAGGGCGCCGGCAUGGGGGUGAUCUACCUGGUGACCUACUCCCAGUGGGCGCUGGCGCUCUGGUACGGCUCCAGGCUCGUCGCCAACGGCGAGAUCAAGGGCGGCGACGCCAUCGCCUGCUUCUUCGGCGUCAUGGUCGGAGGAAGGCACGCACAUCGCAGGGGCUUGGCGCUGACGCUGUCGUACAUGGCGCAGUUCGCGCAGGGCACGGUGGCGGCGGGGCGGGUGUUCGAGGUCAUCGACCGGGUGCCGGAGAUCGACGCGUACGGCGCCGGCGGGCGGGCGCUGCCGGCGGUGAAGGGGCGGAUGGAGUUCAAGGACGUGGAGUUCGCGUACCCGUCGCGGCCGGACGCCAUGGUGCUGUACAACCUCAACCUGGUCAUCCCCGCCGCCAAGACGCUGGCGCUCGUCGGCGUCAGCGGCGGCGGCAAGUCCACCAUGUUCGCGCUCAUCGAGCGCUUCUACGACCCGACUCGAGGGUCGAUCACGUUGGACGGCCAUGACCUCGCGUCGCUGAACCUCCGGUGGCUCCGGUCGCAGAUCGGGCUCGUCGGGCAGGAGCCCGUCCUCUUCUCCACCUCCAUCAUCGAGAACGUCAUGAUGGGGAAGGAGAACGCCACGCGCCACGACGCCAUCUCGGCGUGCGCCAUGGCCAACGUCCACACCUUCGUCCUCGCCCUCCCCGACGGCUACGACACUCAGGUUGGGGACCGUGGGGCCCAGCUGUCGGGGGGACAGAAGCAGCGGAUCGCGCUGGCGCGCGCCAUCAUCCGCGACCCGCGCAUCCUGCUGCUGGACGAGCCAACCAGCGCGCUGGACACCCAGUCGGAGGCCGUGGUGCAGCAGUCCAUCGACCGCCUCGCCGCCGGCCGCACCGUCGUCGUCAUCGCGCACCGCCUCGCCACCGUCCGCAACGCCGACACCAUCGCGGUGCUCGACCGCGGCGCCGUCGUCGAGUCCGGCCGCCACGCCGACCUCAUGGCCCGCCGCGGGCCCUACUCCGCGCUGGUCAGCCUCGCCUCCGACAGCGGCGGCGCCAGGCCAGACCUCGCCGGCGCUGCAGCGGCGUACACCAGCUUCACCGACGAGUCGGGGUACGACGUGUCGGUGUCCAAGUCGAGGUACGGCUUCCAGACGAUUCGAGAAGAGGAGGAGAAGAAGGAUUCGCAGGACGCCAAGGUGAGGGUCUCCGAGAUAUGGAGGCUGCAGCGGCGGGAAGGUCCAUUGCUGAUUUUGGGGUUCUUGAUGGGCAUACACGCCGGCGCGGUGUUCUCGGUGUUCCCGCUGCUGCUGGGCCAGGCGGUGGAGGUGUACUUCGACGCCGACACGGCGAGGAUGAAGCGGCAGGUGGAGUACCUGGCCAUGGCGGUGGUCGGCCUCGGCGUGGCCUGCAUCCUGACCAUGACGGGGCAGCAGGGGCUGUGCGGCUGGGCGGGCGCCCGGCUCACCAUGCGCGUCCGGGACCGCCUCUUCCGCGCCAUCAUGCGGCAGGAGCCCGCGUGGUUCGACGAGGAGGACAACGCGAUGGGCGUCCUGGUGACGCGGCUCGCGCGGGACGCCGUCGCGUUCCGCUCCAUGUUCGGCGACCGCUACGCCGUGCUGCUCAUGGCCGUCGGCUCGGCCGGCGUGGGGCUCGGCAUUUGCUUCGGGCUGGACUGGCGGCUCACGCUGGUGGCCACGGCGUGCACGCCGCUGACGCUCGGCGCCAGCUACCUCAACCUGCUCAUCAACGUGGGCGCCAGGUCCGACGACGGCGCGUACGCCCGCGCCAGCGGCAUCGCCGCCGGCGCCGUGUCGAACGUGCGCACCGUCGCGGCGCUCUGCGCCCAGGGCAGCGUCGUCGGCACGUUCAACCGCGCGCUGGACGGGCCGGCGGCCAAGGCCAGCCGGAGAUCGCAGCUCAUGGGCGUCAUCCUCGGGCUCUCCCAGGGCGCCAUGUACGGCGCCUACACGGCGACGCUCUGCGCCGGCGCCCACUUCAUCAACAAUGGCGUGUCCACCUUCGGCGACGUGUCCAAGAUCUUCCUCAUCCUCGUCCUCAGCUCCUUCUCCGUCGGCCAGCUCGCCGGCCUCGCCCCUGACACCUCCGGCGCCCCGGCGGCCAUCGCCGGCAUACUAACCAUCCUCAAGCGACGUCCGGCGAUCACCGGAGACUCCACCAAGCGAAGGAUCACGAUCAAGGACGGGAAGCCCAUCGACGUGGAGCUCCGGAAGGUGACGUUCGCGUACCCGUCGCGGCCGGAGGUGACGGUGCUGAGCGGCUUCUCGCUGCGGGUGAAGGCCGGCACGACGGUGGCGGUGGUCGGCGCGAGCGGGAGCGGGAAGUCGACGGUGGUGUGGCUGGUGCAGCGGUUCUACGACCCGGGCGACGGGAAGGUGGUGGUCGGCGGCGUGGACGCGCGGGAGCUUGACCUCAAGUGGCUCCGCGGCGAGUGCGCCAUGGUGGGCCAGGAGCCGGCCCUCUUCAGCGGGUCCAUCCGAGACAACAUCGGGUUCGGCAACCCAAAGGCCUCGUGGGCCGAAAUCGAGGAGGCCGCCAAGGAGGCCAACAUCCACAAGUUCAUCUCCGCCCUCCCCCAAGGCUACGAAACCCAGGUUGGGGAGAGUGGGGUGCAGUUGUCAGGUGGGCAGAAGCAGAGGAUCGCGAUCGCGCGGGCGAUCGUGAAGCAGGCGAGGAUACUGCUGCUGGACGAGGCGAGCAGCGCGCUGGACCUGGAGUCCGAGCGGCACGUGCAGGAGGCCCUGAGGAGGGCCUCGCGGCGCGCCACGGCGAUCACCGUGGCGCACCGCCUCUCCACCGUGCGCGACGCCGACCGCAUCGCCGUCGUCAGCGCCGGCAGGGUCGUCGAGUUCGGCGGCCAUGACGCCCUCCUCGCCGGCCACGGCGACGGCCUCUACGCUGCCAUGGUGAAGGCGGAGACGGAGGCACAAGCGUUCAAGUAAAAAAAAAAAAAAGGUUAUCUCGUUGCUGGGGGAUUUGCAAUUAUAACACUGCAAAUAUUAAUCUUUGUUAUAAUGAUACUAGACCCAUAUUUCAUAGAUACAGAUGGGUCCAUUUAUCAUCCACUCGAAAUGUCAAAACAGUAAAGCCCCAAUGUUUGCAGUGUGCUAAGUAAUUUGGAUACUAUGACAUAUUUUUUUGGUUUUAAUUAGUGACUUGGGAUAUGCUGAUUAAGUGAUGAUUGUUCCACUAUAUGUGUCAAUAUAUAAAUGACGGAUAUUAUGCCGUAUUUUUUUGGAA